CUAUGGCCGAUAAGUUAUCAAUAUUUGAUUAUAAUGUCGGUAUUGAAUUGCUAUUGAAUCAAUUGCUAUUGAUCCUGCAAUGACGUGUUUGUAUUUGUACGUGCAUUGUUCGUGUACCGUUUAAAAGGAAACGCCAUCGACUUGUUACACGACACGCUAGGGGGAAAGAGAAUGGAAAAUUAAUGCUGGCGCGUUCGAUAUAAUCAGGAGGGACACACGGAAGAAGUAUAUUAUACCGGAAGUUUCGGCUAAUGAUAGUGGUCUAUCGAAACGACAGGUUUACAUUUCUAGUAUCAUCAGUACUGCAGUGAAAUUGUUGCAAUCAUCACGCUAACGGCUUGCAUUUGUAACGACUUUCAAAACUGUGUCUUCGAGAGACUACACUACCAUUACAAAAAAAUAUGAAUCGUUCAACCGGUCAAAUGACCGGUCGUUAUACCGUAGGCAGAUAUUCUUUCUCUUGUUUUUGGUUCUCUACGUUUCGAGCUAUGCGUUAAUCGCGAAAUUUCGCCGAAAAGACCGCGAGGAUUAUUUUUCCGUGGACGAAGAUGAGGCUACGGUGUACAGGAUCAGCCUUUGGUUGUGUACCGUUGCCCUGACGGUUUCCGUUGGAGCAACCUUGCUGCUUCCUGUUUCGAUUGCCAGCAACGAAGUGCUGAUUUUAUAUCCGAACAGUUAUUAUGUCAAGUGGCUCAACAGCUCGCUUAUCCAAGGUCUAUGGAAUCAUGUGUUUCUCUUUUCAAAUUUAUCUCUCUUCGUAUUUUUACCGUUCGCAUACUUGUUCACGGAGUCAGAAGGAUUCGUUGGCUAUAAAAAGGGUGUAAUGGCCAGAGUUUAUGAAACUGUGACGGUCCUUUGCCUAUUAGGAACACUCGUAUUAGGAAUGACAUAUAUUUUAUCAGCGCUCAUUGAUCAUCAAAAGUCCAGCCUUCAUACAUUGCUCAUAUGUACACCAAUGGGAUUUGUGCGAUUAUUCGGAGUGGUUGGCUCAUUUCUGGUAAAACCGCAGUUCCUAAAAAAUUUAGAUGAAGAGUUUUUCGCGUACAGACUGGAGGAGGACUGCAUUCGUAGAAGACUGCAACACGCGAGAGCAACGGGAAAAUCAUACGUUUCGCCAGUGCCUAUGUCGAUACCAGCCUGCGGUUUGGUGUUCGAGGAUGAUGAGUUUCUUAACACAAGUCCGAGCUUGAUGUGCUUGAGGAACGGUGCUCUCCAGCGCGGAUUGGCCCAACGUUUGGAAGAUAUUCAGAAACGCAGGAGUACUUUGGAUCAGCAAAGGCGGACCUGGUGGGUUCGCAGGACUUUGCUGUACCCUUUAGCCAUGCUGGCGCUACUUGUACUUUCCACUGCCACUGCUCUGCUAGCAGUUCAAAACACACUAGAGUUGCUUAUUGGUAUUAAAGCGUUGCCUUUGAGCACAAGGCAAUUCACUCUGGGCAUCAGCUCGUUGUCAAAACUAGGUCCUAUUGGUGCAACAAUCGAAGUGGCAGUAAUUUUGUAUCUAGCUGCUACGAGUGCAAUAGGUCUGUACACACUUCCUGGUGUUAAGAGCUUUCGACCACGACUUCAUUCCACGCCACUUACUCACCUUAUUGCGAAUUGCGCUCUCCUUCUUGUAUUGAGCUCGGCGUUGCCACUGUUAUCUCGAAUAUUAGGUAUGACAAACUUUGAUUUGCUCGGCGAUUUUGGUCGUAUCGAAUGGCUUGGUAACUUUGAACUUGUACUGUUCUAUAAUUUAAUAUUUGCCACGGCGGCGAUUGGUUGUCUAGCGACGAAGUUUACGGCAACCGUUCGCAAAGAAAUUUACGUGAGAUUAAGGAGCAGCUUAAUAGGAAUCUUCAAGAGCGAAAAUAAAAGAAGUUCUCUAGGGAUGUUUUAUACGAAAGAAGAUUAGACUGACUUACGUUAUAGGCAGAAGAAAAAA